UGUGGUUAUUGAUCACUCCUUACGCUUUAAUUGGCUGUCAAUCAAUCGGGCCUCAGCAAGGGAGGGGUUCCGCCCAUCAUCGCAGAGCGGAGCUGGUUCACCAACAUACCUCGCAUGCUCGCACGCCGUCCGCCUGUGGAAACACCGCCACCGUGCCCGCCAUGUUUCACAUGUCGGGCGCGGGGGGGACCGAGCGCGCUGGUUUACUUGCGCGUGGCAGUGAAAGCCUGUACGGGGGCCGGCCGCUCGGGGACGCCCGUUGCACACACGACCAGAAACAAUGACUGAAAUUUCUGAGUUGACAAAUUCCCAGGCAAAGUUUCUAGCGGCGCGGGCAACUGAACAGCUGCGUCCGGCGCGUCCUGCGGAGACAAGCGCAGACGUUACGCGACACGUGUGUGUGUGUGUGUGUGUGUGUGUGUGUGUGUGUGUGUGUGUGUGUGUGUUUGGAGGGGCACUCACCUGUUCCUUGGCUGAGAGUGGCGGUUGUGUCCGUUGCAGGUGAGUGUUUUUCAAUUUGUGUCUCACCUGGCAGUGCGGCGUGAGAGGAGCUGUCUAUCAAGCGGAGGACGCCGUGUUGAGACACGACGACACGCCCACUGGAGAGAGAGAGACAGGAGAAACAUGAUGACCGCUGUGGUACUUCUACACAACGAAAACAUGAUAACACUAUCACUGUCACUGUUACUGUUGUUGUUAUCUUCCGGUGAGUCCAGCUGAAAGUAGAAAUGAGUUUCCUGGGCCAACAAGAAAUGAAACGCGCUGACGUCAUGGAGCGUAUAAAGACAGGAUGCAGAGCGGCGCACGUCUUCCACUCGCUCCGAGCGCCACGCGGUCUCCCGUUGAUCUUUUUCUAUUUUUUGUGCGUCGUCGUCUUCCUGGAUGUGAUGGCCAACUCGGCUCUGCAGCUCAUCGGCUUCUUCCUGUCACUGACGGGUCUGGCCGUCACCAUGAUGGCCACCGUCAUGGUGGAGUGGAAGAGGCACUUCCAGGGCAAGUCGCACAGCAUCUACGAGGGCCUGUGGAUGAGCUGCAGCGGGGAGCACAGGACCACCUGCGAACUGCACGAGUCCGUCCUGGAGCUGCCGUUUGAGAUCCAGAUCACCAGGGCGUUGCUGCUGCUCAGCAUCUUCCUGUCGGCCGUGGCGCUGCUGGUCUCCACCGUGGGGAUGAAGUGCACCCGCUUUAUGGACAACAAGGCCAUCAAGUCCAGCGUGGCCCGGAUCGGAGGGAUUAUUUUCAUGAUUUCAGGUAUUAUGACAUUCGGCGUGACGUCCUGGUUUGUCAAGAAGAUUGUUCACAAGGUCCACGAGUCCCAUCAUCUGCACAGCUUUGAGUUUGGGAGGGCGGUGUUUGUCAGCUGGGCCGCCGGCCUCCUCACCACAGCCGGCGGAGCGUUCCUGACCUGCGGGAGGUGUUCCAGGUCUUCGGCGUCCAGCUCCAUCAGCUCCAACCACCUCAUGCCACCGAGCCGCGCAGCGACGACGUCCAGUCAAAAGGUGCAGGAUCACAAUCAAUGCCAGGACUACUGAUGAGUUGUUAUCCACGAGCCUUCCUAUGAGAUAUACCACACUGCACGUCAGAGUUAUACUAGGAACCCUUUCAACACUUCCUUUUGUAUUGUUGCACACUAUCAACCAGUUUGUGUACAGACUUUGAAGAAGAAAAAUAAAAUCAUUUGAUUGUCUCUGAUGGCUUCCUGCUAGUUCCGUCAACGUGGCUAGUUCCGGGCUUUGUGAGCAGAGGCCUUCAGAAACGCAAUCGGAUCAGACCGAGUCAGAGAGGAAGUGCGCCAAAUGACAACAGCGCUUGUUUUGCUCUCAGCGCUCUCAUGCAACGGACUGAUUGUGCGGAUAUGCUUGAUCCUUUGAGGUCUUGCUAUCUUUAUAUCGAUGUUGUCGCUUUGCAGUGAAAAGUGCAUCUCUUCGAUGGUGAAUCAUAUAAAACCCCACAUGUGCGUGAAAAGAAACAGCAGAAAAACCAGUGAGCGUUGCUUACCUUUUAAGUGUUUUUCGUGCUGUUGUAUUGAUUAGUUUUACUAUUUAUAUCCUGAUUCAACAAUGCAUUCAUUCCUCUAUUCCAUCUAUUAUUGAUUAGAAAUUGAUGAGAGAUUUGAUUUUUACGGAUGGAGAAAAAAAACUGAUGGGUUUAAAAAUUACUUUAAAAAGACAAAUUUUUGUUAGAGUCCGCAAAACUUUGUAAACUACAGUCAAACCUGUCUUAGCGGCCACCUUUAUAGAACGGCCACCUGCCUAUAGCAGCCACUGAAAAAUCCCCCGCAGCAAAUGUACAUGUUAUAGACCCUGUGUAUAGCAGUCACCUGUCCAACGCGGCCAGCGGCCACCCAUUUUGUCUCCCUUGGUCAAUAUCUGACCGCAUAUAGCGGCCAAAUUACCAACUCAAGUAGAAGCUUCAUGCACGAAAAAGUUUCGUUUUUCAAUCAAUGAAGCCGUCGUGUGUAGACUUUAAUUACUGAGUCCUAGCUCAGUCACAAUCAUUCACAAGAUCCACACAAACUGUCAGUUGUUCACAUAAAAAAGCCGUCUUCUUUUGAGCUUGCACCAAAACAUUACCGCAAAUUAGGCUGGGAACAGGACGUGCUCCCAGAGACGCUACAAUACAAUAUAAUACUGCCUGCAUGCUAAAACCAUGCUAGCAUAUGUUUUUAAAAAGCAGCGGGAGCAAAACUGAGUUGGGUUGUACUUAAUUGAAGUAUUUUAGAAUGUACUCACGUUAUUUUUCAUCAAUCCUCAUCCACAAAUCCAUCAAAGUCCUCAUCUUCUGUAUUCGACACAAACAAAGCCGUCUUCUUUUCCGUUCGCUACUAGUCUGUUAACUUGUCAGUGUUAUUCAGCUCCGAAGCAAAGAAGGAAACUUCUCCUGUUGCUUCUGCCAACUUUAUUUAUUGAACGCGGCCACCAGACAGCACACAGAACACACACACGUCUCGUCUCAUCUCUCCUUCCUGCUUGCCCACAAGGCAAAGGUUAAACAAGCCCCACUACAUAGCUGUCCAGCCAAUGCCUGUAAGAAAUGACACCGUUUAUUUCCUGGUGUGCACUGGUCAAUACUGUAAUGCCGCUUGUUGUGGGGAAGGAGAGACUCACGUCGCCGAUGCACUUUAAUGGCUUUGUUAACAGCGGAGAACACUGCAGGACUUUACAUCCACGCCAACAUAAACACACUUCCCAACUCUCUCGAAACUCACAGCUAGCACUGAGCCUAGCUCUGCUGCUCGGGACGCCCACCGUCACUUCCCGAUGAACUAAAGCUGUAAUGACACUCUGUCGUAUAAAAAGUAAAAUAUUAAAAACAAACAUAAGACAUUACUAGCACAGCUUUGUUCUGUGGGUCGUGGAUAUAUUCUAUCAGUUAUUAUUAAGCCUCUAGCUUCCUUUUAGUAAGUAAAAACCUUGGCUAUGAUUGCACUACAUUGUCAUGUAGACCUACAAAGUACACUUGGAAGAACAAGAGGUGAAUAAAUGUAUUGCAACUGAUGUGAAACUGAUGAGGGGUAGGAUUAAAUAAGCUUUGCUUCUUCCUACUCCUUUUUGGACAUGCAAAAUUGUGAAUUGUACUAUGUGAUGUGCUACUGUUUGACUCAUAUGCAUGUUCAGGAUGAAUUAAAACCAUGAACCAUGAUAAUAACAAGCUUAGUAGUGCUGUACAACUUUUAUCCGCAGUCCGCAGUGCCCUCUACUGGUCAACAUUAUUAUUAAUUUUUUUCCCUUUUUUUCUUUUUUUUCCUCUACUGGUCAACAUUCAAACUGGACGCCAACCUGUCUAUAGAGGCACACCUGUCUAUAGCGGCCACUUUUGCAGACUCCCUCUAGUGGCCGCUAUAGACAAGUUUAACUGUAUGUGAAGCUACUUCCGCCAUCCAUCACAAACAGGAAGUGACGCUCUUAAUAACGAUACCAUUUCUCAGAUUCAGUGGCCAUUAUCUGUCAAACCGUGCAGUGCACAUAAGCGAAAGAAUCCCGCGUAUGGCUAAUCAGUGCAUUUCCUCACCAGGACCGGUAUUCAAACACAUGUUUCCGGCAACACUAGCUAGGACCGGAUAUUAGCAUUUUAUUUUCAAAAUACGAGCCGAAUAACCAUCACGGCAUUGAAAACUUGUUCCUAUGGUUACAGUAUCACUUUACGCCUCUACAAUUGUGCAGUACGGGAUGCGCAAAGAAGAUGGACAUUAAAUUAUGCAUUUCCACCCCAUUUUAGCUAUGAGUCAAGCUAUGACCAGAGGUGUGUCCUGUAACUUCGCAUAGUUUUGCUGCUCUCGCAAAAAUUUGUCUUUUUUUUUACCUUUAUCAGUUUUGUUCUCCAUGGACCUCUGUAUCUUUUCAAACCAAGAAGCUAAAAAAGACUUUCAUUGAGGGCUGGUUGACAUUAAAGCACGCCACCGCAAUCCCAGAUAGCGUACAUAUGUGCCCCCUAGUGGCAAUGAGCAGGUUACUGUUUUGAGCCUCUGACCCUUCGACGCCACCGUACUUCAGCUCAAGCUGGGAAUGUGGAAGUGAAGCAAAAUGAGCCAAAAUCGGCGUGCGACAACCACUGAUCUGUAUUAUAUAUGUGGAUAGCUCAUUGGCGAUGACUUGUGAAGCCACACGGCCGCCAUAUUGCUACUCGCAAGAAACACUUCUGGGCAAGCUUUUGCAUUCGUGGUGAACUUAUUUUAUUAAUUCGGAUUGGACACAAAUUUCGACUUAAGAUACCUGCAUGUGCAGCUAUUAACUGCACAAAUCGCCAGUUCAAAGGCUGUGGACGAACAUUUCACGUGUAAGUACGAUUGAAAUGUAGAUUUAUGGUUGAUCAUUUAAGGGUUUUGCACUGUCGAUCUCUCAGAUAUUUUCGAUCGUGUAAAAUUCCUCUGAUUAAAUGUAUGUCCAGAAUUGAUACGUUUAUAUAGCUCUAUAAUAGCUAAGGGGAAAUUUACGUACUUUUUUGUCUAUCAUGAUAUAUGUAUUUCUUUAAGGGACGAAGGUUGCGUUACUUGAAGGAAUGGGAGAAUCUCAGUGCUUCCGUGAUGCUUACCAGGCAUUGUAUACAGUGCAGUUAGCAAGCCAGUUUGCAUACAAUUGAUCCGGCAUGACCCUUCAUUUGGAUAAACAACAAAAAAAAAUUUGCUGCUGAAUUGACUGCGUAAAAGGAUUCAUUCAUAUGAUAUGUUCUGGAAAAUAAUAUUACUGAACACGCAUACCGGUAUGUUUGAGAUUGCAAACAACGUAUUGUCUUACCCAAAGCAUUUGGUUUUGUUUCAGUGUUGUUGUUUUCUGUGUGUGUGUGUUUAUGGUUAUUACACAUUAUAGUUAUCACAUAUUAUUCCUGUGGUUUUUGUUCAAAUAUAUUUCUAUAUCAGAAAAGAGGUUAUUUCUAUUUCAUAACACAAACAAAAAAAUAAAAAUCAUCAAAAUGUGAAAAGAUUUUAAAACUUGUCUCUUCGAUGAUUCAUAUUUUGUACAGAUGAGAGCAUAGUGAAUUGUAUGAAAGUAAGAAUAAAAAGUAAAGGAUCAUGACCAUGGAUUUUAGUGGAAAAAAGGGAUGGGAUAUGCAGUUCAAAUGAAAAUCUCUUUCUAGAGGAGUAAAACUAUCAUUGCUAUAGGGGAGUGCUGAGCCAGGGGGCACAGUAGAAUUUUGUCCCAAAGGCAAUGAGAAUUGGAAGGGGAAAAAGUACAUUUAAGUUGAUACCUGAAAUGUCUAGAUGCCCAGUGGGGUGACUGGAGACGUAUCAUUGCUUAUUCAACUGCUUGACUGAAAACAGGAUCUGGUUGAUCUUUGCCACGUCGUGUUUUGCCACGUCGUGUCUUUGGGACAGUCACAUUUUCAAUGAAGGUAAAAGUACGGUAACCUUAAAUGUUCGUGUAUCCUUUUCAUUCCUCCUGUAUAUGUAUUUACACUUGUAGGCAUGUAAAACUACAAUUAUAAAACUCUAAAAACGUGUUUUGUGUUUUUGAGAGUAUACCGCUGGUGAAAUCAAAGACCGGCGAAGUAACGUCCAUUUCCGGUUGCCAUUUUGUUUAGCUACUUAAUGGCAUGCUAACAAGGAAGGAUGUUUUGUGAUUACAAAAAAAUUUAAGAACACAUUUGAAAUCACACAGUGUAAUAACAACACGACAAGAUGCACGCCAUAUUGUACACGAACCUGAGAAUGCAAGCUAACCGGUGAAUUGUGUCCGUGAACCAAAAAACAUGCUAACAGGGGUGGACGCUAACCAAGGCUGCACUAGGUAUGUACAACUGAUUUCUUUGCUUUUUAUUGUAAUGCA